UUAGACAAACUCCAGCCCGUCGUGUUUAUAUAUUGCAGCCUCCUUAUUUUCAUCGCCACCCGAACAAUCCUACGUGCGUAAUGGCAGCGGUACAGAAAUUCUUCAACCUUCGCGCCCCACUCGGUACCUUCGUGCGAGGUAUCGCCACCAGCGUUCCACGGUUCGAAAUCUUCAAAGUACAGAGCCCGGAAGAGUUUAACGAAAAAGUUCGCAACAGCAAGGACCCGGUGAUUGUGGACUUCUUUGCAACGUGGUGUACACCGUGCCGCAUGUUAACACCUCGCAUCGAAACAAUAAUUGGAGAAAAUGAGGGUAAAAUAAAGCUGGCAAAGGUUGAUAUCGACGAACACACGGACCUAGCUCUAGAUUAUGAGGUAGCGUCCGUCCCGGUGCUGUUGGCAAUUCGCAAUGGCAAAGUGGAGCAACGUUUGGUUGGUUUGCAGGACACGGACAAGCUGCGAACGUGGGUACAGAAUGUAGUGGGGGCGACAAAAUAAUGAUCCGGAAUAACUGUUGA